UGGGAGAAAAUCGUAAACACUAGCAACUUGCGGAAAUGUGAAUGGGCAACAAAAUAGCCCUGUGGGAAGAGCCAGCUGUGGAUAUGUAAUAAGCUGUUAACUCGGCUAGUGUAAAACUUGUUAUAAAAAAAAACUAAAGACUGUCCAUAAAAAACGGAAAUCGAGAAUAAAGCAAUUGACAUCUUUGAGAUAGCCGUAUUGACCCAGCCCUCCUGCCAGGUUAGCAACUUAGCUGGCCAGUUCAGUUGCAGACAAGUUGAACCGAACGCCUUGAACGGGUGGAAUGGUCUGUGUGGAUGUGUGGGGUAUUGAUCCCCAGCUGGUAGUCCUAACUGUGGCUCUGUGCUGCACACUGGCACCCUCUCCUGGACAUGCUGACAUCUACGCUCACUACAGCAACAGGACCUCCAUGCUCUUUGAAGACCUUCCCGCUCUGUUCGGGAGCCCCCUGCCGAAAGAUGGUCAGAUGGGCUUUCUGGUUGAGUCCCACCCCCUGAAUGCCUGCUCUCCGAUCGAUCCUCCCCCCCUCCCCCCACCCCCUCUCAAUGCCAGCCUUGCUCGCUUCAUUGUCCUCAUCCGGCGUUUCGACUGCAACUUCGACAUCAAGGUGCUGCAUGCGCAGAGAGCUGGAUUCAGUGCAGCCAUAGUGUAUAACAUGUACUCGGACACUCUGCUUCACAUGGGCUUCAGCGAUGAGAAAAUCGCUGAGGAGAUACAGAUCCCCUCAGUCUUCACCAGCUACUCUGCAGCUCAGAUCCUCAAGAGCUUCAUCAUCCCAGAGAGAGGGGCCUACGUGAUCCUCAGGCCCGCCUUCUACUUCCCCAUCUGGUACUACCUCAUCCCCUUCAGCUGGGUGGUGGGCAUCAUCCUUGUCGUCAUGGUUACCGUCCUGAUCGUACGCUGUGUCCAGUACAGAAACCGGAUGAGGAGGAACCGACUGACUCGGGAACAGCUGAAGAAGAUUCCUGUGCACACAUUUGAGAAAGGUGAUGAAUAUGAUGUCUGUGCCAUCUGCUUAGAUGAGUAUGAAGGGGGGGAUCGGCUUCGGAUUUUGCCCUGUUCACACGCCUAUCACUGUCGGUGUGUGGACCCCUGGCUGACCCAAACCAAGAAGACGUGUCCCGUGUGUAAACAACGCGUGACCCGGUCUGACCCGGAUUGCUCCAGCUCGGAGUCUGAGUCGGAGGGGGAGGGCGGGGUCGUGGAUGAGGAAGACUCUGAGCGGACCCCUCUGCUCCGCCCCACCAACCCCAGCCUGCCUGCCUCCAGUGGCCCCGACGUGGCCACCGCGGUAACCACGGCUGCCCAGUGCUUCGGCUCGAUGUCCCGCUGCGACUCACCACUCCUGGUCCGAGAGGGUCACUAUUCCCCUGGGGAGGACUCUGAGGACGAUGGCCACGCCCAGCUUCUCGGCAGGGGAGUGGUCGGGGUGUGAAAGCAGUCCUGUGGAAAGUGGAAUGACUGUCUAACUUGAGCUCCUCCUUUCAUAUCAGAUUGGUUUUAAUGUGUUUUGUUUUGUUUUUUUUUUUGAAAGCUUGAGAGCUUUUCUUUGUGUUCUGUAACUUUCCCCAUUUCUGUAUCCUGGCCUCGCUCUCUCGCGUCUCCCUGCAUUUUCUCCUCACCAUUAUAACUGUUCUGUUCAUCCACCUCCUCUAGCCUCCAUUAACGUCACUCAUGGCUCUAACCUGUCUGCAACACUAAUGUAAUGUGUCUCAAGACUCCUGAGGUCUCCUUAUGAAUGUUUAUUUUUGUGUGUAUAUAUUGUACUCUGUCCUGAUAUAACAAAGGGGAAAUGCAAAGAGCCUGAAAGCACCGGCAGUUAAAUUUAAGUUGUUCGUUGUACUUUUUUAUAGGUUUUGGGUGGCAAAAAAAAACGUUUUUCCCAGAUUUUCAAAUAGCUGAGAAUAACUUCUUUCUUGUGUUUUCUUUGGCCAAGAUUCAGAGAGCACUGUAAGGUGUUUAUUUUAGUUUGGACUGUCUCUGUAGGUGAUUCGAGCAAUCUGUUGUCUCUCAUCUCACUCAGCAGCUCACUACCCCUCAACCCUGCAGCUAAAUCACUCAAAUUAGCACAGUUUAACACUGCAGUAACUUAACAUUGUAUGAACAAUGAGUGAAACACAAAUGCUUUGUUUACCUUUUGGUUUCCUUGAUUUGUUUAAAAAGCCCUGCAUAAAAACACUGUUCCUCAAACUCCCCUGUGAACUGCAUUUACCCUGCUGAUGGACGUCUCAAUGGGCCAAAUGUUGUCGGGGCGGGGUGUGACUUCAGGUUUUCAGCCUGUGGCCUAACUUCCUGUCACUCUUUACUGACCACUUCCUGUCAGUUUUCACUGUAAUGACCCCGCCUCUCAGUUCUUCUGCGUCCCCACUGUGGGGACGUUUAGCAAGGCCAAAUUGUUCCACUGGGAAAGCAGUUUGUCUGAGGGUCUUAAGCACAAUGCUGUGUGAAAUGUUGCGUAGAGAUGUUCCUCAGGUGCCACUGGAAAAGCUGUGAGAGAUGAAUAAACCAGAGCAUUUAUGUAAAGUUACUCUUGAUGCUUUGUAUUUCAAAACAGUGGAGGGUGGUUGGGAGUGCUGAAAUGUUGCAUGCUCUGUUUGAUGUCAGCAGUGCACCUAUAAACAGACACAUCGGAAUUUCCCAGCAGCCCCGGCAUGUCUGAGUUCCUGCAGGACACCC